AACUACCUCAUCUAAACUUUUAUUGAUAAAGAAAAUACACCUUGAAUUUUUGACAUAUUCCAUAACAACUUUGCAUAUUACUUUUAGUUGGUUGUAUACAGGAAUGAAAUAUGCCCCAAUUUCCAUGUGAAUAUGUCAUUAGACUCAUUACCUUAAUUAAUGAGGAAGUAGUAGACUCAUUACCAAAGUGAUGUGUGGUAUUAGAGCGACCAGGAUCAUUUCCUGCUUCCUUCAUUGAGAGAUGUUUAUUUCCAGCCGUAUAAAAUGGCUCAAGGGACUUGUUAGUCAAAGUCUCGCACUCUUGCUUUGCUGUGACGUGACUAUUAAGUUUGAUGAUCCAAGCAAAGUUUUAUUUAUAGAGCAAAAGGUAGUGAGUGACAUUAGAAAACAAAAACUUGCCUUCUUAUUUCUCUGAGAUAAUCUAAACCAAAUAGUUAUGAAUGCCUAUACUACUACAACUAUCAUCUUGCUUCUGUUCAUGUCCUUAUCAUUAGUAAGUACUGGAGCUCAAACACUUGAGCGAAUAACACCUGGUUCCUCACUUUCCUCCACCAGCAGUGAUUACCCAUCUUCGUGGCUUUCCCAUUCUGGCCUAUUUGCUUUCGGAUUUUAUCAACAUGGCAAUGGCUUUUCCGUUGGAAUUUGGUUGGUUGGCAAGAUGAACAAGAUAAUAGUAGUAUGGACUGCAAACCGGGAUGAUCCUCCAGUAACCUUAACUGCAACAUUACAAUUUACCAUGAAUGGUUCGCUCAUACUAAUUGAUGAACAAGGACAAAAGAAGCUCAUUGUUAAUGCUAAUACAAGAGCUUCCUCUGCCUCCAUGCAUGAUUCUGGGAAUUUUGUAAUAUACGACGACGACAACAACAACAUCAUAUGGCAGAGUUUUGACCACCCAACUGAUACUUUGUUGGGGAGUCAAUCUCUACCUGGUGGUGGCCAACUGUCGUCUAGUUUAUCACAGGCCAACCACUCAACUGGAAGGUUUAAACUGAAGAUGCAGGUUGAUGGAAAUCUUGUUCUGUAUCCAGCAUACACAACAGAAACAGGUUGGGACGCUUACUGGGCCGCGGGUAUUAGUAUUAGUAGUACUGUCAAAGACAAUUAUUUUCUUUACCUCAACAAAACAGGUUUACUGCAAAUCUGGAAUAGCAGCGGAGAUUCUAAUCCUAACCUUAUUAACUCUUUGGUUGAUGCUACAGAAGACCAGAACACUGUAAACCACACUAUUUUUCGUGCAUCCCUUGAUUUUGAUGGGGCUUUUCGGUUGUAUGUUCAUCACGAUACCAAUGGAACUGACAAAGUUAUCAUAAGUUGGCCGGGGAAUAACCCAUGUGAAGUAAAGGGGUUUUGUAGCUUCAACAGUUACUGCACAUUUGUUGACAACAAACCAUUGUGCAACUGUCUUGAUGGUUAUAAAUUUAUAGAUUCAAAUGAAAAGACUCUAGGCUGCAAAAGGAACUAUUUGGAAGCUGGUCAGUGUAGAGGUGAAGAAGAUGGUUUGGCAUUUUAUAAGAUGGUGUCAAUGAACAAUAUUACAUGGAAAGACCAUCCUUAUUUUGAGACUACAAAUGAUAUGUUAUCAGAAGAAGAUUGCUCAUUAAAAUGUUUGGUUGAUUGCAACUGUUGGGCUGCACUGUAUGACGGAGAAAAAGGAAACUGCAAGAAACAAGGGUUGCCUUUGAGAUAUGUCAUAAGGACAGAUGAAGGUGACAAUUCGACCAACGUGUUCUUAAAGGUUGAUAAAAACAGCAUCCCAAACUGGAAGAGGAAUUAUACACGUUUUUUCCCUCAACCUCCUCCAAGUAAGACUACAAGUAACAAAGCAGUGGUGCAUAUUAUUGUUGUUACAUCUGUAUUUAGUAUCGUUUUGUGUUCAGCGAUUGUUAUAUCCAGCCAUUACAUUUACAAGAUUCGAGUUUUGAGGUACAAAAGGCUAACGGACACUGGGAACUUGGGGUUAAAUGAAGAGGUGGCUUUGAGAAGGUUUACAUAUAACGAGCUGAAAAGAGCAACAAAUCAUUUCAAGGAAGAGUUAGGUAAGGGCUCUUUUGGAUCUGUUUACAAAGGGGCCUUACUGAAAGGUAAGACUAAGAGGUUCAUUGCAGUGAAGAGGCUAGAGAAGUUGGUGGAAGAAGGAGAAAGGGAGUUUCAAGCAGAAGUGAGAUCCAUUGGGAAAACCCACCACAGGAACUUAGUUAGAUUGCUAGGUUUUUGUGUUGAGGGUUCUAAAAGGCUUCUGGUUUAUGAAUACAUGAGCAACGGUUCACUUGGAAAGCUUCUGUUUGGUGAUCAAAGGCGCCCAGAUUGGAAUGAGAGAGUAAGAAUAGCACUUGAUAUUGCAAGAGGGAUCCUCUAUCUCCAUGAUGAGUGUGAUGGUCCUAUCAUUCAUUGCGACUUAAAGCCUCAAAACAUUUUGAUGGAUGAGUUUUGGACUGCCAAGAUAGCUGAUUUUGGGCUUGCAAAACUUCUAAUGCCCGACCAAACCAGAACUUUCACGGUGAUUAGAGGGACAAGAGGCUACAUGGCUCCAGAAUGGAACAAGAACAUUCCAAUAUCACUCAAGGCAGAUGUUUAUAGCUAUGGAAUAGUAUUGUUGGAAACACUUUGUUGCAGAAGAAACCUUGAUGUUAAUGUGUUGGAACCAGAGGAGAUUCUUCUCUCUGGUUGGGCUUAUAAAUGCUUUGUUGCAAGAGAGGUAAAUAAGCUUGUUCCUUCGGAAGUUAUUGAUGAGAAUGUCAUGGAGAAUAUGGUUAAGGUGGCACUUUGGUGUAUCCAAGAUGAACCUCUUCUCCGUCCGACAAUGAAAGGUGUAGUGUUGAUGUUAGAAGGGAUUACAGAUAUAGCAAUUCCUCCUUGUCCAGAUUCAAAUCGUGCAUGAAAAUAAUGUUGCAGCAGUUCUUCAAGUGUUUUUCAGGUUGUUUAUUUAUGUCAUGUUAUGUAUUGUUGGUUUACAGAAUGCUAAAGAACGGUUCUGAUGACAUAUGUCUGGAGAAAGAACACUUGUAUAGCCAGGUCAAAAAAGAAGACUCAAAGUCUCAGAGUCAGAGUAAAGAAUACUUAUACGGCUUAAGAAGAAUACUGGUAUGUUAUUAUUAAAAUAGUAGAUUGAGAAUACUUAUACGGCUUAAGAAGAAUACUUGUAUGUUAUUAUUAAAAUAGUAGAUUAAGUCUUGAACGGUGUUGCAACAAAAUAUGAGGGUUAGAUUAGCAACGGUAACAAUAUGUGUUUUUUCUUUGUACUCUUAAUUCUUUAUGAUUCAACCUUAUUCUUACUAAACCUAAUUUAUAAGAAUAAGUUGAAUAUUUUGAUGAAGAACGUUUUUGUACAAAAAAAUCGAAGUUUAAUUUAAAAAUGA